GUCGACCCCAUCUCAUGGCUCCUGUCGCGAAGCGUGAUUUGUAGUGUGCCCCGCUUCUUUAUUCACCAGGAAUCGCCGCUGCCACCCACAACCACCGCCUCCUCCACCUAAGUCGUGGCUUCAUCGCCGGCUCACCGUCCCUUAUUCAGAUAGUCUUCCUCACGUCUUCUAGAUCCAUCGAUCGAUCGACUGGUAGAAGUUUUGCCCUUUUGCGAUGGUCUCGCUCACCGACUCCCAGUGUACCAGGACUCAGCGCUACCAUCAUGGCCGGUCCAUGCGGACCGUCCGCUCCUACCUCUUCCACCGCCGCCCGUCCCCCCCGCCCGCGCUCCCCUCCUCCGCUGUCUCCGAGAACCUAACUGACUCAAUCGUCGAUUUCAAGCUACGGGAGCUCGCCGCCGCCGGAGUGGGUCCUUCCCACUCUGCUAAUCCCGCCGCAGAUCCCGAAGAGUUUCUCGAACUCUCCAGGGAGUUCUCCGACUGCUCCAGCUUUGACUCCGACAUAUCCGGCGAGCUCCAGAGGCUUGUCUCCUUUGCUAGAUCUGAGGUGCCACAGAGCGUUGCGGCGUCUGACAUCGAGGGGUUCGAGGGAUCCGGGCUCGGCUCGUCGUCGGAGAUCCUGGAGUACGCGUCGGUGGAAGGCGUCGAACCGGUGGUGCGCGCCUGCGUGGAGUGCUUGGGGUCGGCGUCGGUGGAAGCGAAGCGGGAGGCUGCCGCGAGGAUCCGGCUCUUGGCGAAGCACCGGUCAGACUUCCGGACGCUGAUCGGGGCGUCAGGGGCGAUCCCGGCCUUGGUACCGCUGCUGCGCAGCAUGGACCCUACCGCGCAAGAGAACGCGGCGACGGCGUUGCUAAACCUUUCGUUGGAGGAGGCCAACAAAGGGCGGAUAGCGGCGGCUGGCGCGAUCAAGCCGCUGGUGUACGCGCUGCGUACGGGGACGGCCUCCGCGAAACAGAACGCUGCAUGCGCGCUGCUGAACCUUUCGAUGAUCGAGGAGAACCGGGCCACGAUAGGCGCAUGCGGGGCGAUCCCCCCGUUGGUGGCGCUGCUCGUGAGUGGAUCGAGUCGGGGGAAGAAGGACGCCCUCACCACGCUCUACAAGCUAUGCUCCACUCGUCGGAACAAGGAGCGAGGGGUCAGCGCGGGCGCGGUGGCGCCUCUGGUGGGCAUGAUCAGCGAACCCGGAGGCGGCACGGCUGAGAAGGCAAUGGUGGUGCUGGGAAGCCUGGCUGCUAUCCCAGAGGGGCGAGAGGCGAUAGUGGAGGCCGGCGGCAUCCCGGCGCUGGUGGAGGCGAUCGAAGCCGGGCCAGCAAGGGGGAAGGAAUUCGCAGUGCACGCCCUGGUCUUGCUCUGCGCCGACAGCACCCAGAACCGCAGUCUCCUAGUCAGGGAAGGAGCCAUCCCGCCGCUCGUAGCCCUUUCGCAGUGCGGAUCCGCCCGGGCCAAGCUCAAGGCAGAGACGCUUCUCUGCUACUUGCGCGAGCAGCGGCAGGACAUGGCGAGGUAAUUUCGUGCUUGUGGUUUAAUGGAGAAACGGGGAGGUCCAUCGUGCUAGCUGCAUUCUUCUGGUGUAUCAUAUGCGGUAAAUUCUUCCCCGUUAAUUACUGACUUAUUCCUCAGUUUAUUAGUUUUGACAUUGAUGUGUAAUGCUAUCUGAUGCUGUUCUAGGAAUGGAUUUGGAUUGUAAGAUUGUUGUCUUUUCGGUGUUCCCAUCCAGAUUCUGCUGCUUAAUUGCCCUGUACCCUUUAUAAGAAUUUGUUGAAUGAUGAUGGUUUCUGUUCUCUCA